UUCCGCUUCCGGCGCCGAAGUGAUCUAGGUCGAAAAUGGCGGCAGCUGCUGGGUCCAGGGUGUCUGGGCUGCUACGUCGUUCCCAGCUGCAGCUGAGGCGGCCUAUGUCGAGUAGUGCCCAUGGCGAGGAGGGCUCAGCUCGCAUGUGGAAGACCCUCACCUAUUUCGUGGCACUCCCCGGGGUGGGAGUGAGCAUGCUGAACGUCUUCCUGAAGUCGCACCACGCAGAGGAGGAGAGACCCGAGUUCGUCCCCUACCCCCAUCUUCGCAUCAGGUCCAAGCCCUUUCCCUGGGGAGACGGUAACCAUACCCUAUUCCAUAACCCUCAUGUGAACCCACUUCCAACUGGCUAUGAAGAUGAAUAAAGAGAACCUGGACCACUACCCAGUGGGGACCACAGCACUGGUUUGGACCAUUACUCUGCACCCAUGAACCAGAAAAGUAUAUGGGACCUUAGGCUUACCUUGUAUCCAGUGAUGACCAUUAUACUGAUCUUCCACACCUUUGCUUAUGGCAAGAGAUGGCUUAAAUAAAUAACCUAAGUCAUGAGCUGA